AUGAGUAGUACAACUAAAAAAAAGUUGAACAUAAAUUCUAAACCAUUUAAUAUAGAAGACACAUAAAACUAAACAUAAUCUCAUCCUAAUAUUGUACUUACUUCAAAAGUAUACUAACCAAAAAAUGAGAUCCAAGAAUAUUUUCAUAAAAAUAAUCAUACUCCUUUUGAUGAUUUAGCACCUGAUUUUAUGAAUAAUUAAAUUACAUAAAUUACUUAAUAACCACCUAAAGUUAUUCUAUAAUCUUAAGGAAUAAAAAAAAAAAAAGAAUUAAGAAAAACUGAAUAUUAAUUUGAUAUCGACCCAACAUUUUAAGAAAAGGUAACAAUUAAGAUUAUUUAAGUAGAUUGAACAAAAAAAUAAAGAAGAAUUAGAAUAACAAAAGUUAGAAGAAUAAAGAAAAAUAGAAGAAGAAUAAAGAAAAAUAGAAGAAGAAAAAUUAAGAUAAGAAGAGCUUCAAAGAUAAGAAGAAUUAAUUAAACUUGAAGAGCUUAGAAAAUAAUAAUUAGAAGAAGAAUAAAGACUACCAAAACCAUACACAAAAGAGCAACUUGAAACUAUUUUUGCAAACAUGAAUGAUUUUUAAUAUUUUGAAAGUGACAAUAAUUGGAUUAGAAUUAAAGACAGAAAACAUUUUGAUUAUAAAGAAUUAAAAAGAUAUGAAUAAAGAAAAGAUAGUAAAAUACCUACAUAGAAAAGAGAUAAACCAGAUAUUCAAUUAGAUAGAUAACCAGUCUAAUAAAUUGAGCCUAAUUUAAGAAUGCCAUAAAGAGCACCAAUCUCUAUAUAAGAAUAACUUUGGAAAGAUAAAUUAAAAGAAGAAGCUAAUGCUUGGACUUAAAUUCUUAAUACAACUCCAGAAUAAAAAAAAGCUAUAGAAAAAGAACUUAAAUAUAGGUUAAAUUAAUUAGCUCCAGAUAAUGAAGUCUAAGUCUCUAAAUUUAUUAUAGAUAUUAUUGAAUAAAAGUAAUUGUAUUACUAUAUUUGUAUAGUUAAGAUUUCAUAGACUUUUUAACUGAAAAAAUAAUAGAAAAAGCUUAAGUUGAACCCAAAUAUAGAGCAUUAUAUAUUAAUUUAUGUUCUAAAUUAGCCCUUUUACCAUCUUUAUAAUCAACUCAAGACAAAAAUGGCAAGAUAAGAUAAUAAUCCAAAUUCAAAACGUCUUUAUUGAAUAGAGUUUAAAAAAUGUUUAAUAGUAGAAAAACAAUAGAUUUAGAUACAUCAAAAUUAAAACCUGAAGAAAAGAUAUAAUAUCAUAUGAUUAGAAAGAGAAAGAUUAUGGGAAGUAUAUAUUAUUAGUUUAUUUGAUAGAUGUUAGAUUUAUUGGUGGAUUAUAUUUAGCAACAUUACUUCCUAUAUAAGCAUUAUCUAGUGUAUUAUCUGAAUUGAUAGGAGAAUAUCUUGUUGGUUAUGUUCCAAAUGGAGAUACUGCUGAUGAAUCUUUAGAAGGAUUAAUUGAACUUAUAGAUUAAAGUAUUCAUUCAUAAUAAAUUAUUAGUUGGUCAAAGUUUUAAUUAAAAUGAUAGAAUUACAGAUGAUGCAUUUUUAUUUAAAAUUGGAUAGAUUUUAAAUGGUAAAAUGAAAACAUAAGAUUAAAUUGAAACAUUGUUUAGAGAUAUUAAAAAAUCAACUGUUUUAAAUUUAAUGGAAAUAGUAUUUUAAAAACUUUUAGAAAAUUAUCAUUUUUCUUAAAGAAUUAGAUUACUAAUUGAAAAUUUAUUAGAUAAAAUUUAAAAGGGUUGGUAAGGUGUUUAUGCAAAAAAAGAAGAAUUAGCAGAAAGUGCCUAAAAUACACAUGAAUUAGAAGAAGAAGAUCCUUUAGAACUUAAAUUAAAAGAGGCUAGAUAAAAUUCUGCAAAAAAGGAAAAUCAAUCAAAUGAAUAAGAUUAAAAAAUAAGAGCAAAAGAUAUUACAAUGUUAGUAAAUAGUUCAUUUACAUUUGAUCCAGUUGAUUAGAUGGAUAAAUUAAGAAGUGAAUUGAAAAGGAUCAAAUUAGAAGCCCCAGAAUUGUUAAAAGUAUUCUUUGAAACUUUCUUUUAAAAUAUGUUAGCUUGUAUUUAUUUAUAUUUAAUUCUAGUAAAAUAAGUAAAAUAAAAUAUUGAACGAGCUCAAUUAGUUUUUGAUAUAUUAGUCUUAGAAGAAGCAGAAGAGGAUAUUGUUACUUAAGCACUUUAAGAUGUAAAUAUUGUAUUUAUCUUAAGAUCUUAAAUGAGGAUUUAGUUUAUAAUAUAAGUGAAUCUAGUUCCUCUUGUAAAUUAAUUACAAAUAUAUUGUCCUGUUUUAUCAUUGAAUUAGAUUGGAAUGUUAUGAAAAAACUUUAGUUAAAACCACUUCUUGAUAUAGAAGAUUUUAAUGAAUUUUUAAUUAAAGUAGGAAAUCAAUUAAUAACCAAAUUUCCAGAUUAAUCAAGUAGAGACUUGAUUAUAAAAUAUUUUAAUUUGCUCAAAUAAGAUUUGAGCACUUAAUUAAAUUUUGAUUGA